AUUCCUAAAUGCAGAUUCUGCCAACAGAGUAUUGAAAUCUCUCCCAUUGCACCCAGUCCUGGGUUGGAACACUAAAGAACUUCACCUGGAAGGAUCUCAGCUGUCACUCACUUGUUUCUAAGCUUUUCAACCCAAACGCCUUCCAUCUUUCAAAUCAUUUCAGCGUCCGUUUGCACACAGCAAACUUUUCCCAGGAAGGCAGGACCUGGAUUUCACAGCAUACGCAGCAAGGCAGGAACUCUGGCCUCAGGGCUGCCCAGCAUGGUGGGACCCCAGGGAGAGCAGUCACUAGCCUAGGUGAUGCCCUUGGCAUGUCCAGGCUCUGCUUGGUUUCAGCCCUUUGCUCACUAAGGCGACAGUGGCGUUUUCACUGUGGGCUCUGCAGUUCUAACCCACGAAACAGCCACCCAACAGAGAGACGACUGGUGCUGGGUUUAGGUCCCUGGCUUAGGAUGUGUGAGACCCUGCUUCAAUUCCCUGCUGUGCUACAGGCAUCCUGCAUGCCCUGUCUCUAUGUGUUCUGAACAAGGGCUCUGGCGCCCUGGCCUGCUUCCCAGGGUGGAGGCUAGAGCCACCGAAGCUUGGGGGAUAUUCAGAUGCUGCGGUGAUGGGGAACCAGGUGAGAUCUCAGCCUCAAGAAACACCACCCUGCAGAAGUCAGAUAUGUUCUGUUCAAACUUCCGGCAGCACCCUCGUUACAUAGCUGCCAAGAAGAACACCCGAGUUCACUUCAUCUGCCAUUCCCGCAACUCAGAUGACGUGCAGUGGUACAAAAUGACUGGACAGGACAAAACCCCCCGGGUGAUAGAUGUGAAUGGCCCGAGGGUGUAUGAGGAGAGGAAUGUGUCGUUUGUAAUGAUCAUCUUCAGCAAAAUUCAGCCUGAAGACAACGGCAUUUACUUGUGUGAAAAUAAGAGUCUGGCUCGUGAUCUGGGACGGAUACGCACAUGUGGGAGUGAACUGAGAGUAAUAGGUUUCAGCACCAUUGAGCAGGUCCAGAGACGGAACAGUGUGAAAGACGUCAUCAUCAUGAUCCAGUCCAUUCUCCUGGUCAUCUUCGUGAGCGUCCCCAUGCUCCUGCUCCUGGAGAAAGGCGACGGCAAGGCCAGCUCUGAUGAGGACCAUACCUAUGAGGGCUUAGAGAUCGAACAAACUGCCACCUACGAAGACAUUGCACCUCUGCGGGAUAUAAAAGCCAAGUGGACAAUUGGGGAGCAUCCGGGUCAGGAGUGAGGGGCUCUGCACCCAGGCGACUUGCCUACGUUAGUGGAACAGCUUCUUGCACCCGCUGUGCCUGCGAGCUACCCACUGAUGCUGGAGAAAUUGGGAUUCCUGGCUUCCUGCCAUGGGCUGUGGCUGUUACAGACUCGUGUGGCAGGGCAACACCACAAACUGCAACAAGACGAUGGGACGCUGCCAGUAGCUCCCACCUCCCUGCCACACACAGCUGCCUCCUGUAACCGUUAGUAGAGCUUGCUUGAGUUUUUGGUGUUGUAUAUUCAGCGCUUGCUUUUCUGAGUCUGUAUCCAGAUCUGGAUGGGAGCUGGCCAAGACCAUUUUAGCCUGGAAGUUGCUGUUAUUAUGUCAACACACAAGCCCCUAGGUGCAUGUACAGAAAUGAGUAGCAAGCUGCCACCAACUGGCAGCAAACAGUGAGUUAACCUCAGCCUGAGCUAGGCAGCUAAAAGAACCUGGUAGCAGCAGAUCACUUUAAUCUCUGAGGCCCUGGGCCUAGGAAGGAGAGACAGGUUUGCAGAGACGACACAUUCACAGAGGGCUGGAAUGUGAUCACUUUACUCAUGUUGAACCGAACCUUCCACUGUGCGUGAAGUUAUUAUGACUCCUUGUAGCAAGAUGCUACACAACGGGAAUGAAGUUCUACCAAGUGUGAAUUAGGGCGUCCCAGCAAAGUGUGGAAAUUGUGGGAUCAAAAUGUCCAACUGCUUUUUAAAGUUUUAAUAAACACAAUAAAUCAG